AUGGUUAACGGCCUACAAGAAAAUUUAAAAAAUAAAAAAGGCCAGGCUGCUUGCGUUAAGCACUAUGCUGCUUAUGGUGCAGUUGAAGGUGGUAAAGAAUAUAACUCAGUAGAUAUGUCGAUAAGCAAUCUGUUUCAGAACUAUUUACCACCUUAUAAAGCGGCUGUUGCUGCUGGCAGCGAAAUGGUGAUGACAUCUUUAACAACACUUAACGGUGUGCCAGCCACUGCUAGUAAAGCACUUUUAUCUACAAUUUUGCGCCAAAAAUGGGGCUUUGAUGGUGUAAUUAUUUCAGAUUAUGCUUCGAUUUUUGAACUGAUUAAGCACGGAUUUGCAGCAAAUGAGAUUCAGGCUAGUGAAGAAGCUUUCAACGCUAGCGUUGAUAUUGAUAUGAAAUCGCCAUGUUAUGCUAAUGGCUUACAGCCCUUAGUUACUAACGGCCAACUUGAUGAAGAAAAAAUCGAUCAGGCUGUUUUACGUGUUCUUAAUUUGAAAAAUCGGUUGGGCCUUUUUGAAGAUCCAUUCUACGGUGCGAGUCCUGAGCGUGAGGCUAAAAGCAUUCUAACCUCUUCGAAAAGACAACUUGCGCGAAAAUUAAGUCAAGAAUCACUGGUUUUAUUGCAAAAUGAUAACCAUGUCUUGCCCCUAAAUAAAGAGCAAAAAGUUGUGCUAAUUGGUCCAUAUGCUAGUCGUAAGACCCUAAUUGGCAUGUGGGCGAUUCACGGCAAUCCGCAAGAUACAAUUACUAUUGCUGAUGGAAUGAAGAGAUUUAUUCCUGAUUUGAAAGUAUAUCAAGGGACAGACCUGCAGAGAAGAACAAAAAAUAAUCAAGAAGCACUUGAAGCUGCUAAAAAGGCUGACACAGUGGUAUUAGCUUUAGGCGAAGAAACUUAUGAGGAUGGAGAAGCAGGUUCUAAAACAGACUUGCGCUUACCGAAAAAUCAACGUCAAUUAAUUGAUCAAUUGGCUAAUUUAGGCAAGAAGAUUAUUUUGGUUUUAAUAAAUGGUAGACCGCUAGUCUUAAAUGAUAUUAAAGAUAAAGUUGAUGCAAUAAUUGAGGCUUGGUUCCCAGGAACAGAGGGGGGAAAUGCGAUUGCCGAUGUACUUUUUGGGGAAUGCAAUCCUUCUGGCAGGCUGACAAUGGAAUUUCCUUAUUCUAGUGCUGAAGAGCCGUUAUAUUACAAUCAUUUAUCAACUGGUAGGCCAGAAAGCAAUUCACAGCAUAAAGGCAGAUUUGUUUCUAAGUAUUUAGAUUGUCCGUCAGGUGCAUUGUAUCCAUUUGGCUAUGGUUUGUCUUAUUGCGAUGUGGACUACAGUAGUCUGCAAUUAAGUGCAAACGAAUUACAUCUGAUCAGGAUAUCAAGGAUUAAGCUUAUCAAGCGCUUACAAUUAUCGUGCAAAGUAAAAAUUGUACUUAAGGAGGAGAGAAUGAUGGCUUCAAAAGAGAACCAAAAAAUUGCCAAACAAGUCUUUGACGCGAUUGGUGGCAAAAAUAAUAUUGUGUCAACUGCUCAUUGUGCUACGAGGCUAAGUAUCAAAUCAUUUUUGGAACGGGACUCGUUAAUGACGUCUAUGAGGCAGUUAAAGAAGCAGGCGCAGCAACGACAAGUAGCGCAGAUUUAA